AAAAAAUAUAAAUAAAAACAUUAGAGUUAUUUCCCAUUUAUUAUUACUCGAUGUGGCAUUUUUAUUUUUAUUGAGAGUGUAUAUCAUUUUACCUAAUAUUCUAAAGAUCUUAUAUAUUGAUUUGGAGACCAUGCAGAAUGAGAAUAAUAAGAUGUAGGUUAAACCGACUGAUCAAGACAUCCAUUUGUGCCACAUUACUUAUUUCCUUGGUCUAUGUUAUAAGUCUUGUAGUGAUAACAGUAAAGGAAAAUCAAUGUUCAAAUGAGGAGUCACUGCAUUUCAUAGAAGAUCUUUGUGAGGACUACAAAAGUAAUAGAAUUGAAGGCAGAUUAUGUGAAGCAAUCUGUGAGUCUAAAGACAUUAUAUUCCAAAAAUGUGCAAACUACAGAGGAGGGAAGGUAGUUCUGCUCGCACAAUGUAAUGGAAGGUGUCAGGAAGGCAAAAAUGUGAAGGCUGUAAUCAAAACCAAAAGGUGGGAGGGACAUCAUUUUGAACCAUUGAAUUUAGGUACACAUGGUAAUAAAAGUCUGACUGCAGAUAGUUUAAACAUUGCAAAAACUUUGAUGAAUGAUCUUAUUUAUUCUACAACAAAAGUAAACAUUGGAAGUAUCAAAGACAUUUUUGAAAAACUAUGGGAAAUGGAUUUCACCUCUUUUGUGAAGAGUGCCAGAUACCCUGGUGCUGACAAUGUUGUCAUAGAAAGCUUAUGGAAACUAUUGAACCAAGAUGAAUACUUGUUCAUGUCGGUAAAUAAGGAUAGUCAUUUUAUUCCAAAGAUCUAUGGAACAUGUGGAGGAGUUUAUGUGACGGAGUAUGCUCCAUCAGGUGAAAAUCUCAAUUCAUCUCCAAGCAUUUUUACUGCUAAGAAAGGAGGCUGGGUUGAACGUGCAAGCAUAGCAUUGCAAAUUUUAGACAUUUGUCAGUCAUUAGACAUAGAUUUUCAUGAACCUUUACAUUUUUGUGAUGUAAAGGAAGAAAACUUUGGAUUAGAUUCUAAAAAGCAAGUAAAAAUAAUUGAUACUGACUCUUUAUUUUACGACACAUCAAUGAUGAAAGAUUUAGGAGAUCCAAAAUGUAAAAGCCACCAAGAAUGUGAUUUCUUUGAUUGUCGAGGAUGGUGUGAUUUAGAGAAAGAAAAGUGUGUUCCUAAGAGAACCAAUAAUAAUUUACAGAAUGUUUGUGAAGACGUUUUUAUUCCCAGAGCACACAACUUUUACACAGGACUUCUGUUCUACCCACCAAAAGAAAUUGCUGCUGAACUUAAACAACUAUUAGAAGAUUGUGCUUAUCCAAAUAAAAAUAAAGGUGAAAUAGUAAGGACUCCAACACCCACAGAAGUCUUCUGGAAAUUAGUAACAUUAUUAAAAAGAAGUAAACAUUUGACAAAACAGAAUAGAAAAAAUAGCUGAUAAGCAUCAACAGAAGCAAAACAGAGUUCAGAUCUUUAUUUAUGAGUAUAGUUCAUUCAUUUUGUGAGAGAAUUGUGUGUAUAUCCCUUAAUUAACUGCAUGUAGUGCAAAUGUAUGUAAGUUUGAUAUUUAUACAUAAUUUUUUUUUUAUAAAUCUAAUGUUUAUGUUUAUUUAGUCUUCCAAGUUUUUUUAAAAAUUUAUAUACAUGUACUAUGAAAUUAUUUUAUUGCAGUAUACAUAAUAAUUUCAAAUAAUUUCACCACUCUUAUUGGUUAUGUUCAGAUAUUUUUAAUAAAUCAGUCAUAUUGUAAGCAUUACUAUAUACAUGAUACAAGAAGGUCUGCAAUUGUUUAGAAUCUCUAUUUUUUAUUCCAGGAAUUCUUUAAAUUAAAUUGGAACUUCAAUAUUUACAUUUUAAUAUCUGUUCAUCCAUAAAUUACACUUACUGAUUAUAUAUAAUUAAGGUUUGUUCAAUGUUUUAGAAUCUAAAUAAAUGCUUAAAUCUUCAAAUUUUGAAACAGAGCGGCAAUUUAUGUGAAACACUGUUUGCACAAAUAAAGUAAAAAGAAAAAUAAUUGAUUUAUUGUACUAUAUAGACUAUUUUUACAAAUUUCAAAUAUUUGUUUUGCUUAAUUUAAUUUUUCAACUAAACCAUAUAAAGGGAGAUAACUGUUAUUUUUUUGUAAAGAAAUGACUAUGAAAUGUAUUCCUUUCCACAAGUAGCAAGAAAACAAGUUUGAGCUUUUUAUUUUCCGAAAAGAAUAUUAUAAGUACUAAUUAUCUAUGUAGAACUGGGUAAUUUUUCUCAACUUGCAGCUUAGAAAUAGCAUGGUGACCUAUACUUUUUAUUAUACUUUUGAAAAAAGCUUUGUAAAAAUAUAUUUUGACAAAGUACAUGAAAAUUCGGAGGAAAUAUUUAGUGAUGAUCCACCUUAAAAGUAUGUUUAAAUGUCAAGGUCGCAAAUUGUGGAAGAGAAUUCUUUUAAGACCAUCUUUGUUACAAUAAUUGUAACCAGUUAUGCACCUCAGUGCAUUGAUAAAUAUAGAUUCUUACAUUGAUACCAGUGGAUUAUCGGAUUUAUCCAAUCAAGAUAGUUAAAUUAUCGAGACUGAAUAAAUCUGAUGAUUCACGAGUAACUAUGUAAGAAUCUGUUUCUCUUAUGAUUAAAAAAUUAUCUUUUUUUUUAAACGAAAAUCCCCUUCAGGUGCCUUUCACAUUCCACGAAGUUGUCAAUUUUAUUAACACCUGUUGGCAUAUUUUUAUUCAUCCAGUUAGCUAAAAAGGUUAUGACCCUUAAAAUUAUCCAAUGAUCUUUCGAGAUCACCGACAACCACACGUUGAUUAAAUUUUUUUUAUACAAUGGUUCGGAAAGGGAAUGGGAUAAAUUUCCAUAGAAUUAGACAUGUACUGCAAAUUGUUUGGAUAUUGCGAUUUUUGCAUGUUUUAUGUAAGAAUUUAUAAUAGUUUUUGUUUUGACUAUUUUUAUGUGUUGUGAGACCUGAAUCAACUACUGCAAUGAUAUUAAAUUAUUAUUUUUUUGCUUAAUUUAGUGUAUCAUAAGAAAUUAAUGCUCCGAUAUAUGUAAUUUGAAUAAGCAGAUUCCAUUCUGUACUAAAUGAUGUAAAGAUGUGUUUUGAUGUUUGUGUCUUAAUAAGGUUCUUGUUUCUAAUUGCUGAUUUACAACACUGCAAUUCUUAUAUUUUCUUAUAUAUCGUCAUUUGUUUAAAGGCAAAACGAUCUGUUAACUUAUGAAUUCUCUAAUAAUACUUAUGUAUAUGUAAUCACUUGUAACAAGUAUAUUUUGUUCAGACUUAUCCCCUAAUUUUACAUUCCAGUGUUUAGGUUUACUUUUUUUUUAUGCCCCACCUACGAUAGUAGAGGGGCAUUAUGUUUUCUGGUCUGUGCCUCCGUUCGUUCGUCUGUUCGUAUGUCCGUUUGUUCGUCCAACUUCAGGUUAAAGUUUUUGGUCAAGGUAGUUUUUAAUGAAGCUGAAGUCCAAUCAACUUGAAACUAAGUACUCUUGUUGUUUAUGAUAUGAUCAUUCUUAUUUUAAAGCCAAAUUAGACUUUUGGCCCCAAUUUCACGGUCCAUUGGACAUAGAAAAUGAAAGUGGCAGUUUCAGGUUAAAGAUUUUGGUCAAGGUAGUUUUUGAUGGAAGCUGAUGUCCAAUCAACUUGAAACUUAGUAAACUUGUUGCUUAUGAUAUUAUCUUUCUUAUUUUAAAGCCAAAUUACACUUUUAGCCCCAAUUUCACGGUCCAUUGUACAUGGAAAAUGAUAGUGCGAUAGGGUCAUCCGUGUACUUAGGACGCAUUCUUGUUUUCUAUACAUUACCAAGUUAUUUAUAAGACUAAAAUAUAUGGCAUAUGGAUUCAUAAGAAUUGCAAUAUACCAGAUGA